CUAUAUCACUACUUGAAGUAUCAUCGUCUCUUUCCAUUUUACCGUAGUUACGUGAAUAUCUCUAAAAUUAUACGCUGUUUAAAUGAAACGCUUGCGAACCAAGGUAGAGGUAAAUACAUCUAUUUCCACUUCCGGUAGAUGUCGUACAAAAGAUAAAACCGUAAAAUCAAAAUGGCGGAUUGGUAAUCCUAUUCGCUUAAAGUACGAAUACCCAUGGAAAAGUGCAUCUGUUAGUAAUCAACGAUGUUUACUUUACAAAUUUUUUCCAUUUAAAUGAAGGAUGCAGGUUCAAUAAGAACAGUGAGAAAUUUUGCAUUUAAGGCUAAUGAUGUUUGGAAUAAUUGCAUACGUCGUGAUUUUUCUUCUUUUGCAACAAGUACUUGCUAAUCGACCCAAUAUAGUUCUCAUCGUGACUGACGAUCAGGAUGCAGAAUUAGGAUCAAUGAAAACUAUGCAUCGAACUCGACAGAUAAUGAAGGAAGGGUCUGAAUUUUCACACGCUUACGUUUCAACUCCGAUGUGUUGCCCUUCUCGUUCAUCAUUUCUAACUGGAAUGUACGUGCAUAAUCACAAUGUCUACACAAACAAUGAUAACUGUACUGGCACAGAAUGGAGACAGAUUCAUGAAAAGAAAACGUUUGCAACUUAUUUACAGGAUGUUGCUAAUUAUAGAACGUCCUACAUUGGAAAGUAUUUAAAUAAAUAUUUAGGCAAUUAUACUCCUCCUGGAUGGGAUAAUUGGAUGGGAUUAUAUAAAAAUUCAAAAUUUUAUAAUUAUAAAGUUCGACGAAACGGCUCAUUGGUUCAUUAUGGUAGUGAAGAAAGUGAUUAUUUUACAGAUGUUAUUAAGAGAGAAACAAUUAGUUUUAUUAAAGAUAGUGUCAGAAAUUCUAAUAAGCAGCCUUUUUUGGCUGUAGCAGCAGUUCCAGCUCCACAUGGUCCGGAAGACGCUGCCGAACGACAUAGACAUAUGUUCGCAAAUAAUACGGAUCAUCAUACAGCAGCUUGGAAUUAUGCUCCUAAUCCAGAUAAACAAUGGAUUUUGCAAUAUGUAGGCAAGAUGAAACCUAUACAAAAAAGCUUCACAAAUACUCUACAGCGUAAGCGUCUACAAACUCUACAGAGUGUAGACGAGCUAGUGAAAGAGAUUUACGACACCCUGGUGCAGCUUAAUAUAUUAGACGAAACAUAUAUUAUCUACACGUCCGAUCAUGGAUAUCAUUUGGGUCAAUUUGGUCUUUUAAAAGGCAAAGCAAUGCCAUAUGAAUUCGAUAUUCGAGUACCGUUUUAUAUCAGGGGUCCCGGUGUUCCUACAAAUUCAAUUUUUGAAGAUAUAAUUGUUAACGAGGAUAUAGCUCCCACACUUUUGGACAUUGGGGGAGUUGAAACCCCAAGCGGUAUGGAUGGUAGAUCAAUAUUGCAUUUGUUCGCGAAGGCGAAGGCAAAGGCAAAUUAUAUCAAAAAGGAUGGCAGAAAUGCUGUUAAGAGAAAAAAUGGGUGGAGACACACUAUUCUAAUUGAAAGAGGAAAGCUAACGGAUAAAAACAGAGGCCUAAGGGAUAAAUUAGAGGCAAAAAAAAAUCUUUAUCUUAGCAAAAAAGAACGCAAAAAGGUUGUCUGCAAGAGAUUAGAAUAUAACGGUCCCUGUACAACUAAUAGAGGCUUUCGUUGCGUCAAGGAUCAGUUUGGCGAAUUAACAGUAGAACGUUGCCCAAAUUUCUCAGAAAUAUCUAAUUGUUUAUUGAGAAAAUGUAAAAAGCAUAAAUUAAUCAAUAAGAGACUUUUACGAAUUAUAAGAACAAAUGUAAGAGAUUUUAAGCGGAUUGUUAAUGAGACAAAUAGUCAAGCUUUUAAGGAGAAUCAGGAGAAAUUUCAAAAGAAGCUGAUGGCAAUGGCAAAAACUUGUAAUUGUAAUCGAAAAAGAAGAAAAACACGAUCGAUCAGACCAAAGAGAAGAAUAGAAUGCGACGAAAAAGGGAUGAAAUGUUUUGAACAUGACAGAGAGCAUUGGAAAACCGAACCUUUAUGGAAAAGUAAGUGAAUUAUUUUGUUAAUCUUAUUACUCUUAUUUUAUAAAUUCUAUUCCUUUCUUUUCUUUUUACACUGUUGAACUUUGCUGUUAAAAUAACAGAGGUUUUUGAAAUUAAAUGAUCAAAUUAUACAUAUUACGCCUUUAUUAAGUAAAUUUAGAGGUGUGUAGACGAUUGCUAUAAGUGUAUAUGACUGUAAGAUGAGUUUUAAGCUUUACCCAAUGACUUUUGAAUAUUAUUGGAUUGGCGAAAUGGAAAAGAGCGACAGAUGGAGCGACUAUUUAUUUAUAUAUAAUAAUUAAACUAUCAUAAAAACAAUAGAUGAUUCCGAGAAAAUUAAAAAAAAGCAAUUUUUAUUUGAAUCUCAUCAUUUGUAGUAUUGACGCAAGACUUGGUAUUUUAAUCUAGUUAGAACCAGACGAAGCUCAAGGAUUCGCCAACAUAGGAAAAGAAAGAGAAAACUACCUAGACGGCAACAUCCUUCUUGUACAGUAACCGGUGUUGAAUGUCAUUAUAUGGAUAAUAAGCAUUGGACCACGGCACCAUUUUGGAAUCGUAAUUAGUUCUAGCGUUAAAUAGAAUAUUGAAAAAUUUUUAAAUCAUCUAUCAAAUACAUUAACAAUUUGCCUCCUUUUUCUUCAAUUUCAGUGGAUCCAAUAUGUUUUUGUUCGAAUGCUAAUAACAAUACAUAUUGGUGUCUGAGGACCGUAAAUGACACUCAUAAUUUCCUAUUUUGCGAGUUUAUCACUGGGUUCUACAGUUAUUAUGACUUUCAAAAGGAUCCGCAUCAGUUGGUGAACGCUAUUCGAAAUUUAACACCGUCUCGUCUUCAACAACUAAUUGAAUCGUUAGAAAGUCUUAAAGCCUGCAGAGGUGUUGAAUGUUGGAGGAGAGAGAGAAGAAGAAAGAAGAUUUCUAUGAAGAGGGUACUAAAUGGAAGGAGAUUAACAAACUACCACAGACUUGAUUCAAUCUUACCUUCUAGACGCCGAAGUUCAAGAUUAACUUAAAAUAUACCGACAGAAAAGUGAAAAUAUCGUUGUCAAACAAAGUAUAAUAUGUUUUUUUUUAAAAAUAAUUAUAAUUAGAAUUUUUAGACGCUUUUUAAAAAAAAGAAAGUUGUUUGAUGUCAUAUAAACAAACAUUAAUCAUAUUAUCUGGGUUUUUUUUUUUGCUGUGUUUAUA